AUGCCUACCCAAGUCUACUUCGACAUCAAGUCCUCGGACGGCUCCGCCGACGGCCGCAUCAAGUUCAACCUCUUCGACGACGUCGUGCCCAAGACCACCGAGAACUUCCGCGCCCUCUGCACCGGCGAGAAGGGCUUCGGCUACGCCGGCUCCAGCUUCCACCGUGUCAUCCCGCAGUUCAUGCUUCAGGGCGGUGACUUCACCCGUGGCAACGGCACCGGUGGCAAGUCCAUCUACGGCGAGAAGUUCGAGGACGAGAACUUCCAGCUGAAGCACACCAAGCCCGGUCUCUUGUCCAUGGCCAAUGCCGGCAAGAACACCAACGGCUCCCAGUUCUUCAUCACCACCGUCGUCACCUCGUGGCUCGACGGCAAGCACGUCGUCUUCGGCGAAGUCGCCGACGACGAGUCCCUCAAGGUCGUCAAGAACAUCGAGAAGCUCGGCUCCCAGUCCGGCAAGGUCAACGGCACCGUCACCAUCGAGAAGUCGGGCCAGCUCUAG